AUGGCGGCCAGUCGCUAUGAUGCGGAAGGAAGGAACCGACUGAAAGAAGACGACACUCCACUCUUGAGCCACUCCGCCCAUGCCCCCCUCUUGCCAAUGGCCAGUCCGGCCCCGUCGCCCACCCAACCAGCCUCCAUGGCCUCCCCCGCGCCUUGGAUGACCCCAUGUACCUCAAAUGAUCUGAUCCAGUUUGAUCCACCUGAGCUCAGAAUCCCCUGCUGGCCAAACAAGGCUUCAAUGGCAUGGCUUAACAUAGAAAAUAUUACAGAUUACUAUGUUGGUUUCAUUGCAUCUUUGUUGACUCUAGAAACUACAUCUUCGUUGACAAGAAAUGUGGUCCCAAGAUCGGGUCGAGGAAUUCUACCACCACGGUCCACUCAAAGAAUCCUUAUAAAAAGGGUAGCAAAGAAAAAAGAAACAGAAAUAGAAGAUAUGAAGUGGGAGAACAAGUUCUUUGUGUGGAACAUGAUUGUGGCUGAAGGUGUCGCAGCUGACAACCUCAUUCCUUUCAUCACUGAAGAAGUGCCUAAGGAGUUGCCCAUAAAUCUUCAGAAGAUAAGCCCAUGUGCUUCAGACGAGCUGAUCCGAUUUGAUCCUCCUGAACUCUGCUUCCCAUUCUUGCCCAACAAGACAUCGCUGUCCUCGGUUAAUAUGGUCAACAUGACAGAUUACUCCAUCUAUUUUAAGAACUAUGUCUGGAAAAAAAAUAAGGCGUGGUACGACACAGAACCAAGAAAUGGAAUUGUGCCACCACGGUCUACUCAAAGACUUGUGGUGAAAAGAGAAACAAUGGAGAAUGAACUAGAAGAUAGCGAGAGCAAAGACAAGUGCUUCCUGCACAAUUUCAUUCUUACUCAAGAUGUCAAAGCCAGUGAUCUCCUUUUGUUGAAUGAAGAAGGUACGGAGUUGCCCAUUGACAACCUCUGUGAUUGCGUUGUGGAGAAUAAAGAUGAUUACUACAUCGGUUUCAAUACAUUUGGAAAGGAAAAUAAUGCGGCAUUGUACAAUACUGAGCCACCGUGUGGAAUCCUGUCCCCACAGUCCACACAAGAACUUGUGGUAACAAGGAUACAAAAGGGAGAUGCACUCGAAGAAACGCAGUGCAAAGACAAGUACAUUGUGUGGAGCAGCUUUGUGAAUGAAGGUGUUAACACUGUCGACCUGAAAGGAUGCACAUCUGAGAAGGAGAGUAAAGAGUUACCAAUAGUUUUCAUGGAGACAAACUCAAAUGAGUUGAUUCAGUUUGAUCCUCCUGAGCUCUUUCUCCCCUUGGUUCCAAACAAGAGUGUGUUGUCCUCAGUGAACAUAGUCAACCGUACAGAUCACUUCAUCGGUUUCAGUAUAUGCACCAAGAAAAGCAAUUCAGCAAAGUAUUUCACAAAUCCGUCAGAAGGAAUUCUGCCACCACGGUCCACACAAUUACUUAUGGUAACAAGCAUAACAGAGGAAAAGGAACUGACAGACAUGCAUUGCAAAGACAAAUAUAUGGUCUGGAACGGCAUUGUGAGUGAAGAUGUCAGUGAUGUCAUUGAUAGCAUGUCUGAGAUAAAGAUUACCGAGUUGCCCAUUGUUCUUACAGAGACAAGUUCACCGGCCUCAUACGAGCUGAUCCAUUUUGAUCCACCCGAACUUUUCUUCCCCAUCUUACCAAACAAGAAGGUGCUGUCCUCAAUUAAGAUAGUCAACAUUACAGAUUACAAUGUUGGUUUCAAUACAUAUAGCAGGCCAACAAAUGCGGCAUGGUGUCACACAGAGCCAGCAAGAGGAAUCCUGCCACCACAGUCCACACAAAAACUUAUGGUAACAAGGGAACGAAAGGAAGAGGCAUCAGAACAUAUGCAGGUCAAUGACAAGUACUUUGUGUGGAACAGCAUUGUGACCGAAGGUGUCAAAGACAGCGACCUUGGUGAUUAUAUGGUUGAAAAAGAGAGCAAGGAGUUGCCUAUUGUCCUUAGCAAGGCAAGUUCACUGAUAAGCUCAUUAACCUCAAAUGAGUUGAUCCAAUUUGAUCCCGCUGAGCUCCACUUCCCCUUUUCGCCGCAGGAGAUAUUUCCGUUCACGUUUGAUAUAAUCAACAUUACAGAUUUCAAUGUUGCUUUCAAUGUAUAUAGCGUGGUAAAGAAUGCAGCAAGACGUAAAGAAUCAUUUAUGGAAGGAAUUCUGCCACCAAGAUCCACUAGAGAAAGCACGAUGGUAUGGCAAUUGAAGGAAAUGGGACCAGGAGGCAAGGAGUACGAGUUAGAAGACAAGAUAUUUUUUUGGAGCCGUCUUGUGACUGAAGGUGUCGAAGCUAGAGACAUCAUUGGUUAUAUGAGUGAGGAAGAGAGUAAAGAAUUGCCCAUUUUUUUUCACAAGGAAAGUAGUCCAUGUGCCUCAAAUGAGCUGAUCCAAUUUGACCCGCCUGAGCUCAACUUCCACGUCCUGCCAAACAAGGUGUGCGUGUUCUCAGUUAAUGUAGUCAACAGUACAGAUUACUACGUGGCUUUUAGUACAGGUUUGCCAAACAGCAAAGUGGCCUGGAUUGUGAGCGAAGAUGCUGAACCAAGUGACAUCAUUGGUGACAUGGAUGGGGAUUUGACCACUUUUAGUAAGGAAUUGCGCAUUGUUCUUCACAUGACAAACUUAUGCACCUCAGACGAGUUAAUCCAGUUUGAUCCUCCCCAACUACGCUACCCCUUCUUUCCAAACAAGAAGGCACCCAUGGUGUGCUUACUUAAAAUAGUCAAUGUUACAGAUUAUUGUGUGGGUUUCCAUAUAUUGGCCCACCAUGGCAAUUCGGCGAGCUACACUGCAAAUACACAGGAAAUAAGAGUAAAAAGGAUAUCAAAGGAAAGAGAGUCGGGAGACAUGCUGUGCAAAGACAUGGUUAGUGCGUGGAAUGGAAUUGUGACUGAAAGUAUCAAAGUUAGCGACAUCAAUCAUUUCAACGAUCUUGUAGAGAGCAAGGAGUUGCCCAUUGUUUUUACAAAGCAAUUUAUCCAGUCUGUAACAACUAUGUUUGUUGAUAAUGGACUUGCUAAUGAAUAUACACCAGGAAGACUAUAG